UCCCUAAUGUAAAACGGAAACUGGAUAGUCCACGAAUUAGGAAAGGGCUUGAAGAGGGGAUGCUUGGACGAAUGACAUUUUUUAUCACCUAACAGGAACGUAAAGGAACUGUUUUCAGCUGCUUAAAUUUUCAUUAAGCGCUAUCGACGGAGCACCGACAACAAUGUCUGCCCAAGCUCAAAUGAGAGCCCUGCUCGACCAGCUGAUGGGAACAGCGAGGGAUGGUUCAGUGUAUCUUUGCCAGCCUACAACAAUCUGCAAAGGAGUUGCAGAAAAGCCUCAUGUUCAUCGAGCCGUGAGUCACACAUAAUUUUUAAAGCUGUUAUGAUGAAUAUCCAAACAAUUUGUUUGCCUUCCGGAAGUUAUUGUAGCCUUUUUAAAUCACUCACAAAUGGGUAUAUCUUCAGUGGCACUAGAGUUACAAUUUGGAGUAGUUUUGAGAAGCUUGAGCUAAGACGUCUGUCGCGCUGAGUCCAAACGAGUUUUUUCCAGUUGACGUCUGUUUUCAGAAGGCAAUUUUAACAGUCAUCGAAGCAAAAAAAGAAGUUUGCACACAUCAUUUACAAUCUGACUUGUGUAUGACUCCCAACUUCUUACUACAGGUAUGGGCAAGAAAACUGUUCCCAUUUAUACUUUUCUACAGCGGGUUUAAAAUUCUGCAGCUGAGGUCUUGAAGAUGCAGAAGGGUACAGUAUGUGGUGCAAAUCGCAGUGUGUAUAAACUACAUUUUUUCCUUGGAUUUCCUUUUACAUUUUUGUUUUUAUUUUUAUUUUUAUUUCAAUGUUCAAAAUAUAAACGUAUAAACUCCAAUUCUUCACAUGUACAGACUGGACAUUGAGCCUCAUCACACUUUAAACUCUUGAGGCUCUCACAUUGCCUCAUUAUUUUGUUUUUUUGUUAUGCUUUUGGAAAGGUAAGCGUGAUGAAAAAAAGAAGUUAAGUAUAAAGUCACACAUGUCAUUUUUUUGUCUUUAAUAUUGACACAUAAAUAGAUAAUCAAGCAGAGUAACAUACUAAUACAGGUAAAUAAAGCAUUACAUCAAACAAAUAUAUGUUCAACCCUGACCAUCAGAAUCAGGAGAAAUGUUUUCUACUCUGUUAAGUGGGCACAGAAUGCUCAGAUGCAGUUUAAGUUACACAAAUCUGCCCAAUAAAUGUAGUGCAGUUACAGUUUCAUGUUUUAGAGCACUGGAUACUUCGCCCCUGCUAACAAGUAUGUGAGGUCUUUCUCACUGGUUGUUUUUUUGGACUGUUUCAGGCGAUGAGACACGACAGAGGGUCAAGUUCACCGACGAGCGAGUCUGCAAAAGUCAUCUUCUGAACUGCUGUCCACAUGACAUCCUGUCUGGAACUCGCAUGGACCUGGGGGAGUGCACAAAGAUCCACGACCUGGCACUACGAGCAGAUUAUGAAAUCGCAUCCAAGGAGAGAGAUCUGUUCUUUGAGCUUGAUGCCGUGGAUCACCUGGAGUCAUUCAUUGCUGACUGUGACCGAAGGACAGAACUGGCAAAGAAGCGCCUGGCUGAGACCCAAGAGGAGAUCAGCGCUGAGGUGGCAGCAAAGGCAGAGAAAGUUCAUGAGCUGAACGAGGAAAUCGGGAAGCUGUUGGCCAAGGCCGAGCAGCUCGGAGCCGAGGGAAACGUUGAUGAGGCUCAGAAGGUUCUGCAGGAAGUGGAGAAAGUUCGCACGAGGAAGAAGGAUGCAGAGGAAGAGUACAGAAACUCAAUGCCAGCCUCCAGCUUCCAGCAGCAAAAGCUUCGGGUUUGUGAGGUGUGCUCUGCCUACCUGGGUCUCCAUGACAACGACCGCCGCUUGGCUGACCAUUUUGGUGGGAAGCUUCACCUGGGCUUCAUCCAGAUCAGGGAGAAACUGGACCAACUAAAGAAAACUGUGGUCGACAAGCAGGAGAAAAGAAAUCAGGAGCGCCUGAAGAGACGAGAAGAAAGGGAGAAGGAGGAAAGGAUGAAGAAGAAGACCAGAUCACGCAGCAGAGAGCAUAGAAGGUCCCGGUCUCGUGACCGCCGAAGGAGGCGCUCUCGCUCCUCGUCCCGGGACAGGCGCCGCACGCGCUCACGCUCCAGGGAGAGGAGGAGGAGGCAUCGCAGCCGCUCCCGCUCCCGCAGCCGAGGACACCGUCACAGCCACGAGCAGAGCUCCAAGCACAAGUCAUCCAGGGACCGAGAGCGCUCCUCCAGAGACCGGUCACGGGAGCACGACAGGCGGGAUGGUAUGAACGGCAGGUCGGACUCCCGCCGGGCAGACGACAGGGACAUGGGAGACCUUUGAAGACCAAACAACCAUCAGACACCACGCAUCCUCCUCUUGUCUCACCUGUCUGUCCAUUUCUAAUAUUCUGAUGUCACACACACGCUCUCUUGCCUGCCUCCUUUGUUUGCUUCCAGAGUGUACACAAACCUGAGAUAUUCUAUUGAUUACAUUUUAUAGCUUCCAGAUGUAUCAGAUUGAAACUGAAGGGAGUGGGAGGGUUAGUCAUGAUCAGUAGUGGAGUGUGUUGUAGCCCACAUCUGUAACUUGGUGGCUGUUUGUAUCCAAAAUGUCUUGUUAUAAAUGAUCCCAGCAGGAGAAGAAACAGUGAACUGACAGUCUGAAGCCUGACACUUAACCGACUCAUUUUCAUUUCUUGCUCACUGAUGCUACUUCUAGAGACAGAAUCUGUCUGUAAAUAUGAUUUGGGCCUACUGAUUGUCAUGGUGUGAAGAGCCUAUUCCGCUCAAGCUUUCUUUGUUAUCUUCUUUAUUAAGGUUUGGUUGUUUUUUUUAUCACCCGUUCUUGAAUGUCUGUCCACUUAUACGUAGUUUGAUAAAACCCAGUUCAAGUUAUAGAUACUCGUUUGGAAACCAAAAGGUUUUAAAGUUGCUCAUUAGUAUCAACCUUAUUUUCCAAUUGUUCUGUUCUGUUUUAUUUCAUGCAGUCAGUAGUCAAUGAAACCUGUCGGAUUGAGAGUCUGGCCAGUAAAAGUCCAAUCUUGUUUGAAGUCUCUUCUUACAUGUGUUUUGGUUUUGAUUUAUUGUAUUUAAAAAAAAAAGGGUAAA